ACGGAUUUCUAACCUUACGUGGUGUCCGUUUGAAUAGGUAAUAGUUCCUACUUCAUUUUUCCGAAACUGUUACGAAGUAACAGAAAAGUAAUAGAAAAGUAUAUUUCGACAAUUGAGAUCAGAAUAAAUCGAUCGAUCCGAAGAAUCGUUAACAUUAUCUCAAACGAAACAUUAUCUAGUUUUAGAAUAGUGAGGUUAAGCGUCUGAGAAUGUCGGCAGAGGAACAGUCAAAUUUGCGCUUAGGACCCGAUCCUAAUGUCACUUAUCCAAUUCAAGUACAGUACUGUGGGAAUUGCUCUCUUCCUAUCGAGUACUGUGAAUAUUAUCCAGAAUAUGAAAAAUGUAAGCAAUGGCUGGAGAGAAACUUGCCGACAGAAUUUGAAAAAGUUAAACUAGUAGAAGAUAAUACAACCGAAGCUGGUGGAGGUGAAGACGAAAAGAAACGCCAAAAACGUGGUGGGAAAGGUAUGCUUAAAACAAAGAAGAAAGAGGAUGUUCCAAAGUUGGUGACCGUAUCUAGAGCACCUAGAGGAAAAAAGAAAUCCGUCACAGUUGUGACUGGUCUUAGUACCUUUGACAUAGACUUGAAAGUAGCUGCAAAAUUUUUUGGUAGCAAAUUCGCGUGCGGGUCUAGCGUAACGGGAGAUGACGAAAUAGUUAUACAAGGAGAUGUGAAGGAUGAUUUAUUCGAAGUGAUCCCAGAAAAAUGGCCUCAGAUCGACGAAGAUUCAAUAGACGAUCUUGGAGAUCAAAAAAGAUAAUGGGCCAACUAAAAAUCCUACAUGCACAAUUGUAUUUAAUAUUAUACUAUUUCCAUGUUUAUUAUGAAUAAAAUGUACAUAACACAAAAUAUUUUUAAAAGAUUUAUGAAGCU